UGUCCGCGGCGCUUCCUUUCUGGCCAUUCAAGAUCCCCAAAUCCGCCUGCUGCCUCGGCCGGGCUGCCUGCGGCCGGGAGCGCCCGAGCCGUCGAGGAGCCGUCUGGAAACGGUCCUUCUCAGGAUUUGCUGGCUUGCUUACUGCUCAUUUUGCCUGGAGUGGGGAGGCAGCCCUGAGAGCAAGGACCUCACCUAGCUCAUCACUGUCUUCUUGGCUCUGAGAACAGUUCCUGGCACACAGGAGGCGCUCCAGAAUUACCUGUUGAGCGAUUUGCCCCGGGCCCCAGCCUUGCCCAGGACACCCUGGCGCUGCAGUUGUGCACAACGCCAUGGGCUCGCUGCUCCUGGUCCUGCUGUUCCCUCUGCCCUGGGUCUCCGGGCUGCCCUUCUACAAUGGCUUCUACUACUCCAGCAGUGCCAGUGGCCGCAGCCUGGGCAACAGCCACAGCGAAGGCAUCUUCAGUGGAGUGAAGCUGGUCGUGGAGACGCCGGAGGAGACCCUGUUCUCCCACCGAGGGGCCAACGUAACCCUGCCCUGCCGCUACCACUACGAGCCGGCCCUGGUCUCCCCGAGGCCCGUGCUCAUCAAAUGGUGGAAGCUGUCGGAGAAUGGGGUCCCCGAGCAGGACGUGCUGGUGGCCGUCGGGCUGAGGCACCGUUCUUUCGGAGGCUACCGAGGCCGGGUGCAUCUGCGGCAGGACAGGGAGCGCGAAGUGUCGCUGGAGAUCCGGGACCUGCGGCUGGAGGACUGCGGACGCUACCGCUGCGAGGUCAUUGACGAGCUGGAGGAUGAGAGCGGCCUGGUGGGGCUGGAGCUUCAGGGUGUGGUCUUUCCCUACCAGCACCCCCAGGGUCGCUACCAGCUCAACUUCCACCAGGCCCAGCGUGCCUGUGAAGAGCAGGACGCAGUGGUGGCCUCCUUCGAGCAGCUGUUCCGGGCCUGGGAGGAGGGCCUGGACUGGUGCAAUGCAGGCUGGCUGCAGGAUGCCUCGGUGCAGUACCCCAUCAUGCUGGCCCGGCAGCCCUGCGGUGGCCUGGGCCUGGCACCCGGUGUGCGCAGCUAUGGCCCACGAGACCGUCACCAGCACCGCUACGAUGUGUUCUGCUUUGCUGCUGCUCUCAGGGGGCGGGUGUACUACCUGGAGCACUCUGAGAAGCUGACGCUGGCAGAGGCAAAGGAGGCCUGCUGGGAAGACAGCGCUCAGAUCGCCAAGGUGGGCCAGCUCUUUGCCGCCUGGAAGUUCCAAGGCCUGGACCGCUGUGACGCUGGCUGGCUGGCAGACGGCAGCGCCCGCUACCCUGUGGCUCACCCACGUCCCAGCUGUGGGCCACUGGAGCCUGGCGUCCGUAGCUUCGGCUUCCCAGACCCGCAGAGCCGCAAGUAUGGCGUGUACUGCUACCAGCCAUGCUAGCACCCCGCGCCAGCUCCGACCCGCCCGGGCCCCUCCCCUCACGGGCCGUAUUUAUUGAGUGGUUCAUUUUCCCUUGUCAGUUGGGGCAAUUUUCAUAUUGUUUUUAUACUUCUCAACUUAAAAUU